GUCCCUCCACGCAGAGCCGCCCGAAGACCGCUGCCGCCGCCGCCGCGUUCGCUGCUACCGCUCUGCCACCUGAGGAGACCGCCUGGACUCGCCUCCCCGGUUGCCCUCGGCGAUUCCUUCCUAGCUCCGGGCUUUUGACGCACACUGCCACUACCAUUAUUACUGUUAUCCCGCGAGAAGGAGAAUAACAGACCAGCCUAAAGGAUCCACGGACACCUUUCCGAAAUACUCAAGUGUCUCCGGGGAAGAGAGGGUCGUCGGUGCCGGGAGGAGCAGCCCAGGGGCCGAGGACAGGGGCUGAAGCGGAGGGAGGAAGAGUUGGGGCACUGCGUGGUGGAAAGUUGCUCGCGGCGGAGAUCCGAAGGUCCGGCGCGCCACAGCCCAGGGGGGCGGUGUGUCUGGGAGAAGCCGCUGCCCCUGCGUUCGGACCUGCGAGCUCGCGGGCUGCGCGGGGCCGAGGACGACGCCCCCUCCUGCGGCGCGGACUCUGUCGGUGGCCCCCGGGGGAGGAGGAGGAGGAAUAUGGAAUCGAAGGCGGGCCCCUCCUGCCGUCUAGUCUUCUGCCUCUUGAUCUCCGCCGCUGUUCUCAGGCCAGGCCUUGGAUGGUAUACUGUAAACUCAGCAUAUGGAGAUACUAUUAUCAUGCCUUGCCGACUCGAUGUACCUCAGAAUCUCAUGUUUGGCAAAUGGAAAUAUGAAAAGCCCGAUGGCUCCCCAGUAUUUAUUGCCUUCAGGUCCUCUACAAAGAAAAGUGUGCAGUACGACGAUGUACCAGAAUACAGAGACAGAUUGAGCCUCUCAGAAAACUACACUUUGUCUAUCAGUAAUGCAAGGAUCAGUGAUGAAAAGAGAUUUGUGUGCAUGCUAGUAACUGAGGACAACGUGUUUGAGGCACCUACAAUAGUCAAGGUGUUCAAGCAACCAUCCAAACCUGAAAUUGUAAGCCAAGCACCUUUUCUUGAAACAGAGCAGCUAAAAAAGCUGGGAGACUGCAUUUCAAAAGACAGUUACCCAGAUGGCAACAUCACGUGGUACAGGAAUGGAAAAGUGCUGCAGCCCCUUGAAGGAGUGGUGGUCUUAAUUUUUAAAAAGCAAAUGGACCCGGUAACUCAGCUCUAUACCAUGACUUCAUCCCUGGAGUACAAGGCAACCAAGGCUGACAUACAGAUGCCAUUUACCUGCUCUGUGACGUAUUACGGACCAUCUGGUCAGAAAACACUUCAGUCUGAACAAGCAAUCUUUGAUAUUUACUAUCCUACUGAGCAAGUGACAAUACAAGUGCUACCAUCAAAAAAUGCCAUCAAAGAAGGGGAUAACAUCACUCUUAAGUGUUUGGGAAAUGGUAACCCUCCUCCUGAGGAAUUUUUGUUUUACUUACCCGGACAGCCUGAAGGAAUAAGAAGCUCAAAUACUUACACGUUGACAGAUGUGAGGCGCAAUGCAACAGGAGACUACAGAUGCUCCCUGAUAGACAAAAAAAGCAUGAUUGCUUCAACAGCCAUCACUGUUCACUAUUUGGAUUUGUCCUUAAACCCAAGUGGGGAAGUGACCAAGCAGAUCGGUGAUGCCUUGCCUGUGUCAUGCACAAUAUCUGCUAGUAGGAAUGCAACUGUGGUAUGGAUGAAAGACAACAUCAGGCUUCGAUCAAGCCCAUCAUUUUCUAGUCUCCAUUAUCAGGAUGCUGGAAACUAUGUCUGUGAAACUGCUCUGCAGGAGGUGGAAGGUCUAAAGAAAAGAGAGUCGUUGACACUCAUAGUAGAAGGAAAACCUCAAAUCAAAAUGACAAAGAAAACUGAUCCCAGUGGACUGUCUAAAACAAUAAUCUGCCAUGUGGAAGGUUUUCCGAAGCCAGCUAUACAGUGGACAAUUACUGGCAGCGGAAGCGUCAUAAACCAAACAGAGGAAUCUCCUUAUAUCAAUGGCAGGUAUUAUAGUAAAAUUAUCAUUUCCCCUGAAGAGAAUGUUACAUUAACUUGCACAGCAGAAAACCAGCUGGAGAGAACAGUAAACUCCUUGAAUGUCUCUGCUAUAAGUAUUCCAGAGCACGAUGAGGCAGACGAGAUAAGUGAUGAAAACAGAGAAAAGGUGAAUGACCAGGCAAAACUAAUUGUGGGAAUCGUGGUUGGUCUCCUCCUCGCUGCCCUAGUCGCUGGUGUGGUCUACUGGCUGUACAUGAAGAAAUCAAAGACUGCAUCAAAACACGUUAACAAGGACCUUGGUAAUCUGGAGGAAAACAAAAAGUUAGAAGAAAACAAUCACAAAACAGAAGCCUAAGAGAGAAACUGUUCUAAUUGUUGUCCAG